UGUCCUUAGAGGAGGGUGUUCAGCCAUGGAAGUGGAAGAGGAGAUGGAGAAGAUCAACAUAGGGAUGGAAAGCCUACAGAACAGCGAGGCAACCGAAGAAGGAGGCCCGUCCAACAGCUGGCCCCAUAAAUGUGCCUCAUAUGUCCUGGCUCUCCGGCCCUGGAGCUUCAGCGCCUCCCUCACCCCGGUGGCCCUGGGGAGCGCCCUGGCUUACCGCUCCCAGGGUACCCUCGACCUGGGGCUUCUGGUGGGCAGCGCCGUCACUGUCCUGGCCGUCCACGGAGCCGGCAACCUCGUGAACACCUACUAUGACUUUUCCAAGGGCAUCGAUCACAAGAAGAGCGACGACCGGACUCUGGUGGAUCAGAUCUUGGAGCCUCAGGAUGUGGUCCGAUUUGGGGUUUUCCUGUACACUUUGGGUUGCGUCUCGGCCGCGUUCCUCUAUUGCUUCUCCACCCUCAAGUUGGAACACCUGGCCCUGAUUUACUUCGGAGGGCUCUCCAGCUCUUUCCUCUACACUGGAGGCAUCGGAUUUAAGUACGUCGCCCUCGGCGACCUGGUCAUCCUGAUCACCUUUGGGCCCCUGGCUGUGAUGUUCGCCUAUGCCCUCCAGGUGGGCUACCUGUCCAUCUCACCCUUGCUCUACGCCGUGCCCCUCGCCCUCAGCACAGAGGCCAUCCUGCACAGCAACAACACCCGGGACAUGGAGUCUGACCGGCAGGCUGGCAUAGUCACCCUGGCCAUUCUCAUCGGCCCUACGCUCUCGUACGUCCUCUACAACAGCUUGCUGUUCCUGCCGUACCUCAUCUUCUGCGUCCUGGCCACGCGCUACACCGUCAGUAUGGCUCUGCCUCUCCUCACCCUCCCCAUGGCCUUUUCCCUGGAGAGGCAGUUCCGGAGCCAAAGUUUUCUCAAGAUCCCGCAAAGGACAGCCAAGCUCAACCUCCUGUUGGGACUUUUUUAUGUCUUCGGCAUCCUUUUGGCUCCCCCCGGCUCCCUCCCCAAACUCUAGGGAGACGGGAGGGAAUGGAAGGUUCCCUGAAAAUAAUUGUUCCCAAAAAAAGCUUCCCCAAAAACACACAGGCAAAUGUAUAUACAUACAUGUGCAUAUCUCUCUAUAUAUGCAUAUGUAAAUACACACACACAUACAUACACACACACACGUGAGUUUAUAAUCUUCACCAAACUGCACAAGGAUGUUUUUUUUCCUGAUCUGUGAACGUCAGAUUUUCUGAAAUGUUUCCUUUUUCACGAUAGGGAGAAAUCGUCUUUAUAAAGUUCUGGGUUCUC